AUGACGUCCCGUGAAGUCAUUGACUUCUUUGCGCCACCGAAGGAAAGCGUUGAGGUUGUUAGAGACUGGCUUGUAGCUGCCGGCAUCGACUCCAAGCGCAUCACGCAGUCUGUGAACAAACAGUGGAUUCAAUUCGAUGCUACCGUCUCUGAGGCAGAAAACCUUCUAUACACCGAGUACUUUGUAUGGGAGCAUGUAAGCACUGGCACAGAGAACAUUGCCGCCGAAGACUAUCACAUUCCGAAUGACGUCCAAAAGCAUAUUGACUACAUCACUCCUGGAAUCAGACUUCGCGCAGACCCCGGCAAGGUUGCAAAGCUCAAGCGCCGUCAAGAAGCUGCCGCUUUGGAGAAGCGUGGUGUGACGUCCAUGAAUACAGGCAUGGUCCCAAUCUCGGAAGCCGGCACCUUACCACCAUUGAACAUCACCAAUUGCGAUACAUAUGUCACUAACCAGUGCAUUCGCAACCAGUAUCGCAUCCCUAAGGGCGAUAAGGCCGCUCCUGGUAACGAGCUGGGUGUUUUUGAGAGUCUGAAUGAUCACUACUCCCAGAACGAUCUCGAUGUAUACUGGAGCACACUCUACCCUGAGAUUCCGAACGGCACAUACCCCAUCGACAAGCUCAUCGAUGGAGCCAUUGGAGCAUCUCCGACCGUCGAAGAUGCAGGUAUCGAGUCAGAUCUCGAUUUUGAAGCCGCUUGGCCACUCAUCUGGCCACAGAAAACGAUCCUAUUCCAAACUGACGACCAAUACUAUGAAAUCAAUCAGACGGAUCUGCUGACUCCUUACCUUGGCUUCUGGAACACAUUCUACGAUGCGCUUGAUGGAUCGUACUGCACUUACUCGGCGUAUGGCGAGACUGGCAACUGCGUGGAGCCUGAGUGUCUAGACCCGAGUUACCCCGACCCGAACCCAGGCGGCUACAAAGGCGAGCUGCAAUGCGGCGUGUAUGAGCCAACAAACGUCAUUUCCAUUUCGUACGGCGGUGGAGAGGCCGAUCUUCCAGACUAUUAUCAGAAGCGUCAAUGCAGUGAGAUCAUGAAGCUUGGCCUUCAGGGUGUCACCGUCGUCAUCUCGUCCGGCGACUACGGCGUUGGCUCCUACCCCGGAGACUUUGGUUACGAGAAUGGCUGUGCUGGGCCGGAUAGUAAAGUUUUCUACCCAGCUUCAGACGCCUCGUGCCCGUAUGUGCUCUCGGUUGGCUCGACUCAAUUCGAUGACCCGACACCCACUGGUCCCAAGUGCAAGCUGAACGAAGUCGCCACGACUCGGUUUGCCUCCGGUGGUGGAUUUUCCAAUUAUUUUGACACUCCAGAGUACCAGAAGGAUGCCGUGGACAAGUACUUUGACAGUGUCACUUUGACUUUCACUGGUUACACGGAUCCCGGCACUAACUUCAGCACUGUUGGUGAUGGUGUCUAUAAGAUCGGCGGCCGAGGAUACCCGGAUGUCGGCGCUAUUGGAGAUCGCUUUGUCAUUCGCGGCGGUGGUGCUUGGGGACGCGUCGGCGGAACCUCACUGUCGGCGCCUGUGUGGGCAGCUAUUCUGACGAGAAUCAACGAAGAGCGCAUUGCUAUUGGCAAAGGCUCACUUGGCUUUGUCAAUCCGACACUGUAUGCCCAUCCAGAGGUAUUCCACGACAUUACAGAAGGAUCCAACCCUGCUUGCGAUUCUACAGGCUUCCUAGCUGCACCAGGUUGGGACCCCGUCACUGGUCUGGGGUAA